UUGAAUUUCUCCACAACUCGACCAUCUAGUUCUACUUUUCAGUUAACAAAAGUUGAAGAGCCUUCAAAAUUUGGUGUCGUGAUUUUUGAGUCAGAGACGGGCCAAGUUAAGCGCUUCGUUGAGAAACCGACAGAAUUUGUGGGCAACAGGAUAAAUGCUGGCAUCUACCUCCUCAAUCCCAGUAUUAUUUCACGCAUUCCACUCAAACCGACCUCAAUAGAAAAGGAAAUAUUUCCAAUCCUGGCGGAGGAAGGAUCCCUCUAUUGCAUGUCCAUUGAAGGUUUUUGGAUGGAUGUUGGUCAGCCGAAGGACUUUAUCACUGGCACAGCUCUAUACCUGGCUUACCUUGCUGAAACAGAGCCCAAAACUCUAGCUGCCGGUCCCAAUAUCUGCGGCAAUGUCAUCAUUCAUCCAACGGCGAAAGUGAACGCGAACAGCCUGAUUGGGCCUAAUGUGGUGAUUGGUCCAGACGUAGAGGUGGAGGAAGGGGUGCGUAUACAGGCCUCCACCCUGCUACGCGGCUGUAAGGUACGAAAUCAUUCCUGGGUCAGCAACAGCAUUAUUGGGUGGAACUGUUGCGUUGGCAAAUGGGUACGCAUGGAGAACGUCUCAGUGUUGGGCGAAGACGUAGAGGUUGUGGACGAGAUGUACGUCAAUGGUGGUCGAGUGCUUCCGCAUAAGCAAAUUAAGGACUGUGUCACAGAACCACAGAUCAUUAUGUAA